AUGGAUGACACAGCCUUGACGCCGGUUGGCUUGUCUCCACGUUUUGCGGCACUCUUGGAAGAGCUGGCUGCCGUGCACCUCGAAGAGGUGGGACGGCUCCGACCAGAAACAUGCCAAGCAACACCUUCACGAAUUCCUGCUCCGUCUUCGAUCUCUCCACCGGUUCAGGCCAUUGGCCGCUGUGAUUCCCGAGUCCGCGAUGAAGAUCUACGGGCCACUGUCUCCAGUGGUGCGGGCGCCGUUGCGGGCCUUGAAAGCCAAGGUGCCCAGGCAUCCGCGUCGCUGCGUUCCAUGCAGUCGUCACAGUCGGUUGAUUUGCCGGGGCUGCAGCUGGAGAGCGAAUCUGAAGCCAGCAGCGAUUUGCAUAUUGACACUGGCAUCGAUCGUGUUCGGGCGUUUUUCUUGAGCAGCACUUUUGAGAUGUUGAUUGCCGCUCUGCUUUUUGUGAACGUGUGUUUCAUGGCUGCUCAGCUACAGUACCUCGGCCUGAGAAUUGGCCACAGCAUUGGGUACCCCCGAUACGAUGUCGCAGCGGAAGAGGCAUGGCCGAAUUCCGACCAAAUCUUCCUCGUGGGUGACGUGAGUUUUGCAUCUGUGUUUACGAUCGAAAUGCUGACUCGCAUGUAUUACUUGCGAAUGACAUUCUGGAAGUACACGCUGAACUGGGUUGACUUCCUUGUCGUGUGCAGCUCAUGGCUGGAGUUGUUUGCAGCUGCACUUCUUCCGAUAAGUCCUACGUUUCUUCGACUGCUGCGGCUGGGGAAGUUGCUUCGAGCUAUUCGAGUAGUGAGAAUGUCUGCAGUGCUAGAAUCAUUGCAGCUGCUGCUGAAGUGCAUAUCUGCAAGCGUUCGUAUCCUUUUCUGGUCUUUGUUCCUCUUGAUGAUCAUUCAGAUUAGCGCAGGAAUGACGAUCAGCUAUAUGGUGAGUGAGUUCAUGGUCGACCAGAGCGCGCCGAUGGAAGCGAGAUUUGCUGUUUUCCGCUACUAUGGAAGCUUCUCGGCAACCCUUCUGACGAUGUUCGAGGUACUUUUUGCAAACUGGGCACCACCGUGUCGAAUCUUGAUCGAUUACGUGAGCGAGUGGUAUGCCUUGGUGUUCAUCAUCUACCGUUGCUUUGUUGGCUUUGCUGUGCUCAACGUCGUGAAUGCAGUCUUCGUCCAAAGCACCAUGAAGGUUGCUGCAGCAGACGAGGAGGUCAUGGCCAGGGAAAAGAGGAAGGCAGAGCUGGCCUUCCAACGCAAAGUCUCGGCAUUGUUUAGGCAGGCCGACAUCUCUGGCGACGGGAAGAUAGACAUGAAAGAGUUCAAGAGGCUUCUCAAGGCUCCGAAGCUCCAGCUGUGGUUGAGCCAGUUGGAAAUCGAGACCACGGAUUUGUGGGGCCUCUUCCAGAUGCUAGACACAGGCGAAGGUGAGAUUUCCUUGCAGGAGUUUGAAGCUGGCACAAUGCGAAUCAAGGGAAUGGCGCGCAGCUUCGAUCUAGCCCAAGUGCACCGGUUGGUGGAGAGGCUAAGCCUGAGAAUUGAGGAGAUUGCAAGGCAGCUGCCGCCGGCCCGUUGA